AUGAGCUUAGGUGUGUGGUCAUUGGUGUGGUGGACCUACGGAGCUGCGUCCGUAGUUCUUCUGAUGGUGUCGCCAAAGCGCAAGGGAAAACCUACGGUUGCUCUGAACUUUUCCUUGGUGUGGGAAGCCGUUAGGUGCGCCGUGCGACGAUGCGGGGGCAGCGCCGGCUGUCGGCCGGGUCUCGACCUCUUGGGACCAUCGGAUGCGGGGGUACAGAUGGAGCGGGAUUGGCUGGAAGCUUACGAGCCACGGAGUGGAGACUCGGACGCAAUUGGCUGUGUGGGGCACCAGGCCGGGGCGCAGCUCCGGAGACUUAGCGCCGAAGGUGGCUUGCAAGCUUGGAAGGACCCUGGCCGUUGUCAUUUUUUUCUGGUCGGACCCGCCUACCGCUCACGGCUCCGCAUUGCGUGA